UUGAGCGCUCCACAAUACGAAGGAAGGAGGAGGAUGAGAGGCUGAAUCACAGGGACAGAGAGCUGGAGUGUGUGAGGGGCUUUGUGCUUAAUGUGUGCUUCUCAGGAGAAUGAAUGAUGAGGACUACGGUUCCACUUUCAGGAUUUUUAACUGGAUUUUACUUCCUCUAAAUCAGUACUUUCAUACUGGAUUGUUUUCCUGUUAUCAACUUCCUUCUAUAACCUCAACUGCUCUAUGGUCCAUAAUAGUGGAAAUGCCGACAGCCUCAGGCGGAUCUGAGCCUGCCUGUCCAUCAUUACUGCAAGUUACCCUUCUGUGCAUCAAGCGACCUGGCCUGAGAGCUCCAACCAAGCCCCCAGUCUUCCAGCACAUGCCUGGCCUGUCACUCAGGGACACAGGCUUGUCAAAGCUGCUUGUCUCACAACGCCUGAGGUCUUGCCACAGGGAAGACUACCUCCUGUCAUCUUCACUCAAGUAUAGUAUCCCAGUCCAGGACAUGGUUUCCUGAGGGGCCCUGCCACCUACACAUUUCAAGGGGUAUAACCGGUCUAUCCUGGGCCAUGACUGCUCUGCUUCCCAACAUCACUGUUCCCGGAAGUACAGCAGUUCUGCUGCCGACUACAGACUGUCUGUUUAACCUGACUGCAGCUGCUCAGGCAGGACUCGGUUCAGGCCAGUCACUGGCCCCUCUCUGCACCCUUUGUUGCUGUGGAUUUCUAAAUCGUACUUUGGCAGUGGUGUUCAUGGUCAGCCUGGCAUUUGCCAUCGUGGUUGGAAAUGUGAUCACCCUUACUGUCUUUGUGCAAACAAGACAGUCCCGAACACCACAGGGAUACCUGAAAGUGUCUCUGGCCAUAGCAGACAUGAUGGUCGGUGUCCUUGUGGUCCCUUUCUCCGUCUACACUGAGAUCUCUUUGAUGGUGACCAGCACACUUCCCAUUUGGUACCAAGGUAGUUCUACUUCCCCGGCCACCUCCACUUCUUUCGCGGGACUGGUGAGUCCUUGGCAGCCCUGCAUGCUGAUUGGCCCUGUGUUUGCUGGAUGCACUUUUGUCUCCAUCAGCACCAUCUUCCUUAUGACACUGGAGCGAAGCGUGGCCAUCCUGUGGCCACUCCACAAGGACGCCUUGGUGACCCGGAGACGAACUCUGUUUCUCAUCCUGCUCUCCUGGGCUGCCAGCUUCCUGCUGGCUCUUGCACCCCUCAUCUUCAGCAGCAACUUCAUUUUGGAGUACAAUGAGUGCAGUCGUAUGUGUAACUACUCCCCAAUAUUGUUCGGAAGCCAGCUGCCACCUGAUGCCAACAUUUUGCUGUUAUUCCCAGCAUUUGACUUCACACUGCUUGGUGGCACAUUAGCAGUAAACAUUGUGUCUUUCACUAGCAUCCGACAGUACUCCCGAAAACGCAAACUGCUCUCAGAGGGGAGUCUGAGUGACACAGGGGGAGCAGGUGGAGGGUGCUCUCACAGGCCCUCCUUUUCCGACAUCAAAGCUGCCAAGACAAUUGGCAUACUUACAUUUGCCUUCACAGCAUCCUUCUCUCCCAUUGCAGUGUUUGUGCUCGGGAACGUGGUGGGAUACACCUGGUGUAACUUUUCCUUUUUUGCCUUCUGGAUCCUGACAGGAAACAGUUGCUGUAAUGUAAUUAUCUACAGUGUCAGGGACCAUCGCUUCAGGAAGGGUGUGACCCUGCUCUUCCAGCGAGACCACUCCCUUCCACAUGGUGUGAAGUGGCCUAUCAGCACCUCUAAAGCUCACUAAUUAACGCUUUCUAUAUGCAGUAUGUUACAUUAGGUUGUGUGCUGCACCAUAUCUUGGCUGUAAAAUCACAACUUGUCGUUUUAGGUUGACUUGAUAACAUUUGAAUUUUUGUACAGAUUAAACAAACAGGAUGUACUGUGCUAAUUACUGGGGUUUAGAGGUGCUGGUAGGCAUAUUUUGUUGCCUUUAAACCGAGCCAGGCUAGCUCGCUUGCCCCAGUUUCCAGUCUUCAUGCUAAGCUUAGUUUCCUGGCUGGAGCUUCACAUUCACAGUACAUUCGUGUGAGUGAUAUCAAUCAAACUGUCAAACUAUUACUUAUUACUUUACUUACAUUCAAAUGUAAACUCCAUAAGAGAUUUACAAAAAAGGUAAUUCAAAUAUAAAACUUUGCUACUGAGAAUUGUAAAUGGAAGCCAAAUUUUAAAUCUUCCAUCCACAUGUUCUUCUGACAAUUUGUCGCCUUACUCUCUUUUCAAUAACGUCAGGCACCAAACCUACAGCAGCACUGACAACCACAAUAUCCACAUCGUUAUAGUUUUUUUUAACAGUGGUGGGUUUUUCAUCUAUCAUUUACAAGGGGUGUUGGUUGUGUUUUUAGAAAUCUUGGCACUGUUCCUCUUUGGAAUAAUGUGGAUAUCCUUUUAUUUUUAAUUUAUUUUGAAAACAAUCUGCCUCAAGCACGUACGAAAUGCAGUAUAUCAGUUACUACAAGAGCCAUUUGCAUUGUGCCAUAUGUCAGAUAAUGUUUUAUUUUUAGCAUUUAGCAUUUUAGCAAAAUGUUGUUUAUUUUUGUCUAAGCAAAUAAGAAUGAAAAUAGUAUCUGUAUAUUUAUUAAAUCAGCAUAGACUAAAUAAAUAGGAUUGCAAACCAAAUAGAGUUAUUAUAAAGAGCAUUAUGAAUAUUGCAGACCCUCAUACUGUGCCAGCCUAUCUUUUCAGGGCAUAAUGUCUACUUGCAACAUAAAAUAAUUACACCAGUGUGUGAGUUAUAAGUCUUGUGUAUGGUUUUGAAUUCUGUAUUGUAAAAUUUGACAAAAUAACAGUAUACAUAAAUGAGAUUGAAGAGCAUUUUGCAGCAUAAAAAUGACUAUAUUUUAAUUUAUGGUCAAAUUCUUGCAUUGUUGCAAUGUAAUUCAGUCAUAAAUUACAGGUAUUUGAUUUAGUAACAAUUCAGCAACAGAAUCAACAAAAUAAGGACAACUAAUAAACACAAUAAAGAGGUGUUUAUUAUUCCAAUAGUUCAAUCAACAUAAUAGUAAAAGACAGAUUUUGUCCCAUUUACCCUGAACUGCCCAUUAAAGGAAUAGUUUCAACCCACUAACACACAUCAAGGAAUUUAAUGGUCAACAAAAUUUAAAUUAAAUAUGUUAGCAUGUCAAACUGAAAUAAAUUAACAUCUUACAUGAAGGCCAACAAACCUUCGAGCAAAAACUUUUUUCUAGUUUAAAAUAUGUCACAAACAGGGAAAAGUAUGAAAUCUACAGCGCCUAAUCAUUAUUGGUAUUAUGUAAGAAAUCAUAAUUAUUGUGUUUCUAUUGAAUCACUGUACAGAGUUGUAUUAGUAGUGCAUAAUUAAUCAGUGGUGAUUGCAUCAGAUUUGGAAAUAAUAAAUGUGUUUGGGAACA